CUAGUACAUGGAAAGGCGGCCGCGCACCGAGGGCGGGCUUGGCAACGCCGCUAGCUCGCUGCUUCGGAGCUGCGCGAGCGCACCGAACGGGCUCACGCAGACCGCGCGCCUCGUGGGCCGGUCGUGGAACUUUCGCGCCAAGCAGCGGCGCAAGUUUAGCAUCCCGGGCGGCGACGACGAUACAAACAGCGCUGCUACGACGUGGAAGCCCGGAACCAAGGCGCUGAAUGCAGGCCGGCGCUUUGACAUUACGCAAGAAGACAACGCGCAGUCGUUCGACGAGCUCUUCCAGCGCGAAAUUGUCAAGAUGCCAGCGCGCAUGGAGCUAGCGUCGCAAGCGGACGAGCUCAUUUCGAUCAUCUCCAAAGCCCAAGUGAGCCAGCGCCACCACACCUUACGAGCGAUCAAGGCCACCAAUACCGACGAGGCCCCGAGCGCCGAGGACGCGGUCAAAGCCGAGGUCAUCUUCAAGUACCGCUGUCUCGUGGGCCGCGAUGUCGACUUUGUGCAAAUGCUGCCAGGCUACGCAAACAACGCGCUCAACGCCAAGAUGCUCGCGCUUGGCCAGCGCUACCACGCCAACGACUAUGCCGCGUGCUUGGCCGAGUUUGAACAGUGCUGGGACAUGAACGCCGAGGCAAUCAACAGGCCAACGCUGUUGUACGACCGCGCCAUCUUGCUCGGGCACGUCGGCGACUUUAAGCGGGCCAUGGCCGAGCUCAACGAAGCCAUCAAAGUCGACAACGAAGAUCCGCGCUACUUCAAGCUCCGGAGCAUCUUGUGGCGGCUGCAAGAAAAGUACAUUGAGGCUGCGAAAGACUCGUCGCGCGCCCACGCGAUUCACUUGAGCAAAUCCAAGCACCGCCAGCACUCGACGAUGCUGAAAAAAGUGGCCAAAGCCGUGUCCGUGAGCGGCCACGCAACGGCACUCAACGCGUUUGACGAAGCGUGCGAGACUCCGAUCCAAGAGCGCACGUCGCGCCAGAUCCAAGUGCUCGUCGAACAGUCGUACCGCAUUCCGUUUCUCGCACGCUUGGACGUCGAUCUCUUGCAUUUGCUUUGGAAGAACCUCACGUACGCAGCGUGGCCCUCCGAUACGCGCGUCGUCCUCCCGAGCUCCACCGUGAGCUUGUACGUGGUCCUUGAGGGCUCGGUCGCCGUGCAGACUGAGCUCCGUGGUGCGAUCGAAGCCCAGCGAACGCUCGAGGCCGGCAACAUUUUUUGCGAAGGGUCGAUCUCAGCCAACUUGUGGGCUGCUACGUCGCUCGUUGCCCUCACCGCGUCCAAAGUCUUGACGCUCGAGUCGGUCCUUUACAAACACACGCUGCGCAAUAUAAUGCUCGAGGGCGCGUCGACGCGGGCCCACUUCUUUCGCGACUCUGGGAUUUUCGCCUCGUGGAGCGACGACCAGCUCAACACGCUCGGCAUUCUCUCCGAGCAGCUCGAGUACGCGGCGCGCGAGACCAUUGUCACCGAAGGCGCCCCGGCGCUGCAUUUGUACUUUGUCCGGUCGGGCUAUUGCGGUGCGAUUCGAAUGCUCCAACAACACCCGAUCCAAGUCGGGUCCGUCUCGUCCGGCGACGUCUUUGGCGAGGCGGCGGUCCUCGACCCGAUCGGCGGCAUCUUCCCCUUUACGAUCACGACAGUGACAGUCUGCAAGAUCAUUCGCAUCCAAAAGUCGUUUUUGAACCGCCGGCUGCCGUUCGAGGUGCUUCGCCUUGGCCCGAUUGACGCAGCGAUUCUUGCCAAGAUUGAAAAGCUCUCGGUGCGGUGUCCGGCCGACAAAGUCCUCGCGCAAAUGAUACGCGACAACUGCUCGUGGACGCUCAAGCGCGAAAAGGUACUGCAUCGGCUCAUCCAAGAAAACGCCAAAAGCACCGGCAAGCAUCUCCUCUUGCCGUCGGUCCAUCCGCGCUAAGUUGGCAACGACACGUUUUCUAUUGAUUUCUA